UAUAGUCCGUUCAGAUUGUUGGUGGUGACGGUUGGAACAGUGCUUGGUUUUUUUUGGCGAAACAUUUAGUUAGACUACAGCAAGUUUCGUAAACAACUGCAUCCGACCUGUGCUAGAUAAUAAAUAAAUAUAUAAUUUAAAGGAAAAUAUAGGAAGGCUGAAUAAAAAACCUCACGCAGUGGAGAGGUUGGGGGACUAAAGGAACAUCGAUCGAGGAAAGGAGGAGGAUAACGUUUUUGUUUUUCUAAGAGAUGGACUAAAGACUGUAAAAGCUGUUGUUGCUGGACAGAACUGUCUCGUCGGAGGAAGAUUCAUAUUAUUCUUUUUUUAAUCUGAUGUUGAUUUAGGUUGCAUAAAGUCGUCGAACAUGUCGCGCAAUGGCUUGUGUCCGUUAGUCCGUAGCUAGUUUGUCGGUUAGUCCAUUGCAAUUUUUUUGAGGAUAUUAUAAACCUAAUUUUUUGGAUAUCUUUUUUGGGUGGAUUUUCUUUCAUUCGACCAGUGGAAUCCUGGACAUACCAGUGGAUAUUGUAGAGAUGAGUUCCAGCAGGAAAUAUUGCCUGUUCUUUCUGUUAGUUAGAAGUAUCCUGUCGGACCCCAGUCAUACCAAUCAAGUGGUUCUGUUGGACACCACAGCUGUUCUGGGGGAGCUGGACUGGAGGACCUACCCAGUGAAUGGGUGGGAUGCCAUAACGGAGAUGGACGAACAGAACCGACCUAUCCAUACCUUCCAGGUGUGUCAUGUGAUGGAGUCCAACCAGAACAACUGGCUACGGUCCAACUGGAUCCAGCGCCAGGCAGCACAGAAGGUGUACGUGGAGCUGCGGUUCACCCUGAGAGACUGUAACUCCAUACCCUGGGUGCCAGGCACCUGCAAGGAGACCUUUAACCUCUUCUAUUUCCAGACCGACGAGCCGCACCCCGCCGCCACGCGCUUCAGACCUGCCGACUACGCCAAGGUGGACACCAUUGCUGCCGAUGAGAGCUUCACACAAACGGACCUGGGCGACCGCGUUCUCCGUCUCAACACGGAGGUCCGAGAGGUCGGCCCCGUGACCCAGAAGGGCUUCUACCUGGCGUUCCAGGAUGUGGGGGCGUGUAUCGCCCUGGUCUCCAUCAAGGUGUUCUAUAAGCGCUGUCCAUCCACUCUGAGGAACUUGGCAGCGUUCCCAGCCACGGUGCCGAGGGUUGACUCCUCCUCGCUGGUGGAAGUGCGGGGGGCGUGCGUGGAGAACGCAGAGGAGAGGGACACGCCCAAACUGUACUGUGGGGCGGACGGGGACUGGCUGGUUCCUCUGGGGCGAUGCGUCUGUAGUCUGGGACAUGAGGAGAUUGACGGAUUCUGCCAGGGUGAGUUGUGGCUAACGAUUCUCCCUGGGCACAGACAUCAGUUCAAUGUCUAGAUUUGAUUAAAAUUUGGUUGAGAUGUCAAAUAACGUAAAUUCAAUGUGAAAUCAACAAUA